AUGGGAAAUAAUUGCGUCGGACCCAAUAUGGGGCGUACUGGCUUCUUACAAUCUGUUACAGCCGCGGUCUGGAAAAACCGGCCAGCGGAGAACACUCUUCCGCCUCCCGAUUCAUCCAACCAGAACAAGAACAACACGAAUAAUAACAACGCCAAUGAGAAUAAAACAGAUGAUCCGAGUUCUAAGGGAUCUGAAAAGCCACGUUCUGUGCAAAAUACCCCACCGGAUACUGUUAAAAUGUCAGGGCAGGAGGCGGCUAAACCGGCAGAAAAAGCCAAGGCAGCGGAGGCUAAGGGUCAGGAAAAGCCAAAGGCAGCAAAUAAUUUUAAACGGAUGGCGAGUGCAGGACUUCAAGCUAAUUCGGUAUUGCAGAGGAAAACAGGCAAUUUGAAGGAUGUUUAUAGUGUGGGUAAGAAACUAGGACAAGGUCAAUUUGGGACAACGUUUUUAUGUGUAGAGAAGGAAACAGGAAAGGAAUUUGCUUGUAAAUCAAUAGCAAAGAGGAAGUUGACAACGAAGGAGGAUGUAGAGGAUGUUAGGAGGGAGAUACAGAUAAUGCAUCACUUGGCAGGGCACCCGCAUGUGAUAUCGAUUGUGGGUGCUUAUGAGGAUGCUGUGGCUGUUCAUGUUAUUAUGGAGCUUUGUGCAGGUGGGGAGCUAUUUGACAGGAUUAUACAAAGAGGGCAUUAUACAGAAAAGAAAGCUGCUGAGCUUGCUAGGACAAUAGUUGGGGUUGUGGAAUCAUGCCACUCUUUAGGGGUUAUGCAUAGAGACUUGAAGCCCGAAAAUUUUCUAUUUAUUAACGAGCAAGAGGAGGCACCCCUUAAAACUAUUGACUUUGGGCUUUCUAUGUUCUUUAAGCCAGGUGAGAUGUUCACUGAUAUGGUCGGGAGCCCUUAUUACGUGGCCCCAGAGGUGUUGCGGAAAUUUUACAGCCAAGAAUGUGAUAUUUGGAGUGCUGGCGUUAUCAUAUAUAUUUUACUAAGUGGGGUCCCACCAUUCUGGGAUGAAACGGAACAAGGAAUAUUUGAGCAGGUGUUGAAAGGUGAUCUUGACUUUGCAUCAGAACCAUGGCCUAGCAUAUCUGAAAGUGCAAAAGAUUUGGUAAGAAGAAUGCUCGUGCGAGAUCCCAAAAGGAGGCUGACAGCACCUGAAGUUCUUCGCCACCCUUGGGUUCAGGCUGAUGGUGUGGCUCCAGAUAAGCCUCUUGAUUCUGCUGUUCUUUCCCGACUGAAGCAAUUCUCUGCCAUGAACAAAAUCAAGAAGAUAGCCAUCAGAGUUAUUGCCGAGAACCUAUCUGAAGAGGAAAUUGCAGGACUUAAAGAAAUGUUCAAGAUGAUAGAUGCUGAUGGUAGUGGCCAGAUCACAUUAGAGGAACUAAAGAAAGGCUUGGAGAAAGUGGGUGCCGAUUUGAAGGAUUCAGAAAUUGUUCGCCUGAUGGAAGCGGCCGAUAUCGAUAACAGUGGUACCAUAGACUAUGGGGAGUUUGUUGCAGCCAUGCUCCAUAUAAAUAAAAUCCAUAAGGAGGAUCAUAUGUAUGCUGCUUUCUCUUAUUUUGACAAAGAUGGCAGUGGAUACAUCACUGCAGAUGAGCUCCAACAGGCAUGUGAGCAAUUCGGUUUGGGUGAUAUACACCUCGAUGAAGUAAUGCGUGACAUCGAUAAGGAUAACGAUGGGAGGAUAGAUUACAGUGAAUUUGUGGCAAUGAUGAAAGAGGGCGAGUUUGGGAAGCAUACCAAAAGCAUUCGGUUAAGGUAAAACGGUAAUUCUUGAUCACCCAUAGUUUUUUCUUUUAAAAGAAUUCAAACGAUUAGCGAGUCAUUAUC